AUCAACUUGAAAUACAUAAUAGACGUACAUAAUGUGGAAGUAUAUUGAAGUCUCACGGAUUUUAUUUAUCAACAUUGUUUUCUUUUCGUAUGCAUAUUCAGACAGAUAUUGUUUUAGUUGCCAGGACAACUCCAAUUUAGCUUCAUGUACCAGGGUGAUAACUUGUGGUACACACGAGGAGUGCUAUAUAGAGAAAAUUAUAGCUGAUGACGGAGUUCCAUACUUUAACCAAGGAUGUAGAGACAGACAGAUAUGUCAAACAACACCACUGGGUAGAAGAAGUGAUACUGUAGCGUGUAAUCAAUGUUGUGAUUCAGACUUUUGUAAUUAUAGAGGUUGUAAUGAACAGGGAAUAAACGCUGACCACUAUAAUCAUCUAUGUUUAAGUUGUGGGAACAGCAAGUUUACCGCUGAUAAUUUGUGUCAUAAAGUUGGCUUAUGUGCAGUAGGACAUAAAUGUAGUGUAGUAGAAAAAAGAGAUUUUAACGGAAAACAAUUGUUCCAAUUUGGAUGUAAAUCUGAUUCAGAAUGCGCAUCUAUACAAAACCCUAAUAUUUGUAACAAGUGCUGUACUGGUCCCUUCUGUAACUAUAAAUGUUCAUCAGGAAGUUCUAAUAUUGGCUCACUACAAACACCGAGUACAACACAGGGAUGGAAUGUGGUACCAGUCAUGCCGAAAACAACUCCUACAUACUUACAACCGGCGUAUAGUAAAAAUAUAACAUCCUGUUUCUCGUGCAAGGAUAUUUCAUCUCCAGCUGACUGCACAGAAUUUACACACUGUGGUGUCCACGAGCAAUGCUACACCCAGAAGUCAGUAACAUCUGAUGGUAAUGUUAUUUUCUCUGGUGAUUGUUCACCGAAAACAUCGUGCUACUCUUCUAAUGCCAAUCAACUGAACACAGUCAUUUGCCAUGAAUGCUGUAAAACUAAUUUUUGUAAUGUGAAUGGAUGCGGCCAUACAGUUUCUUUAUCUGACGAAUCUCAUUUUUGCGCAACAUGCCAGGGAGUUAAAAGACCAGAAGACUGUAAGAAAGUAUCAAGAUGUACAGCUGACCAGAUAUGCAUGAUAAAACAAAGUCACGAUUUGAAUGGUCAAAUAACACUGAAUAUGGGAUGUGUCAGAAAAGAUAUGUGUAGCAGUAUACCUUCAGCACAAUGUAGCGGUUGUUGCAUAGGAGCAUACUGCAAUACAAAUUGUCAAAUAUUUAACCAACAUCGCAGUAAUCAGUUAUUUACUAAUCCGACUAUCACGACGCAAGCACCACUUCUAGCACAGACAACAACACAAGUGCGUUCUUCUGUAAGAUGUUAUUCCUGCGAAUUUGUUAUUCGAUUGAGUGAGUGUCAAAAUUUGGUUAACUGCAAUUCAGGGGAGACUUGUCAGCUAAAGGAAUUUACAGGUUCUAAUAAUUUGGUGGCAUAUCGCAUGAAAUGUGCUAACGAAAAGACAUGUUGGGUGGCAGGACCACAUGCACGAGCUGGGUGUUGCAAAUCUGAAGGAUGCAACAACAAUGCAGAUAUUUUACAUUAAAUUUUGUUAAAUUGGU